AUUCCGCAGACUACAGCAAGCGUAAAAAAAGAAAUGAAGAUAAAGCUUCAUAUGGACGGUGAAGUUAACGGGAAUAAGUUCACGAUUGAAGGAAACGGACAGCGAAUGCCUUACGAGUAAGUAAUUCUUUUAAAAUAAUGUUACAUCAUUCUAAGCAGGCUUCUGACCUCUUUGCAUCAAACUGGUUUGUUCAGAAGAGAUUUCAGUAUACAUUUUACGUUUUGCUUGUGUGUAAGAGAUAAACAAUCAACAAUUUGUCUGACCUGAUUCUAUGACUUUCAACCAUAGCACUGCAGAAAAAAAUAUGCCGUUUUUGUUUUCUAGCCUGUGAUCGUUAUGGCAAAGAACUAAAAACCUUAAGGAAAGUCUCUUCCUGACCUGGCUAAGAAAUCGAUAACUAAAACUUACCUAUCCUUGCCAUAUUUCUUUUAAAAGAAUUUACGACUACAAGUUUUGUUUCUCUUCAGUUAAAAAUGCUAGAUCGCAAGCUCAGUUUUGUAUGUUUUUUUUUCUUUUUUUUUAACACAAGGAGAAUUUACUUGAAACAGACCCUUUAUUGUCCCUCUAUCUAACGUUUUAUGAGAUUGAACGGCACACCCUCUGUGGUGUGAUUAGACUAUGAACACCCCUCCCUUUUUACAUUAUCAUGUGAUUUCAGACAUGUUGCUAAAGGUGCAUUUUCUCAAGCAAGGGGUAGGAUAGACUCAAUGUAAAUAUCUGAGUUAUAAAAGCAAGAAAGUCAUUAACUCAGACUAUACAAUAUUUUAGGAUGUAAAAGAAAGCUACGAUUAAAUUAACUAAGAAAACAACUUGCUUUUAGCGGUUCUGAAAUCUUGAGUCAUGGCCUUUUAAAAGCGAAAAAAGACUUUUACUUGAAAUUGAACCGUUGCCUAAUUGCGGUCGUAUAUGCAUGCGUUGCAUAUGAAUUCGUCGUUUUCUUAGCCAGCUUUGAUUUCCCGUUCAUGUUUUUUUUAGGGGAACACACACUGUAAAUCGUACCGUCACAGAGCGGACCUGUGUACGUUUUCUUACUCUGCCUUGAUUUCCCGUUCAUGUUUUUUCUUUUAGGGAAACACUGUAUAAAUCUUACAGUUGCCAAGGGCGGCUUUCUUUACGUUUUCUUACUUAACAUUGAUUUCCUUUUCAUGUUUCUUGUAGGGGAACACAAACUGUAAAUCGUACCGUCAAAGGGCGGACCUGUGUACGUUUUCUUACUCUGCCUUGUUUUCCCGUUCUUGUUUUUUUGUUUUUUUUUUUAAGGGAAACACUGUAUAAAUCUUACAAUUGCCAAGGGCGGUCUUCUUUACGUUUUCUUACGCAACGUUGAUUUCCUGUUUAUGUUUUUUUUAGGGGAACACAAACUAUUAAUCUUACAGUUACAAGUGGCGGACCUCUUCCUUUCGCUUACGAUAUUCUGACAACCGCGUUCCAGUACGGCAACAGGGUAUUUACCAAAUACCCAAAAGACAUACCAGACUAUUUUAAGCAGUCGUUUCCCGAGGGGUAUUCUUGGGAAAGACACUUCGAAUAUGAAGACGGGGGCAAAUGUGACGUUAAAAGCGUCAUCAGGUUAGUAAAAUCUAAAACCUGCGGUGCUCAGUGCUUAAGUCGUUUAAGUCGUUUUCAUCUUUGAUAUAUAAUCGCUUUCAUGCGCGCUUUCCUGCUAUUGCUAUUACUGGAUAGUGUCUUUCUUUUUAAACUCUGUUUUAAACUAGAACUGCGUAAGCCUCUUUUUCAAAAUAGUUUUCGUAAAAAGGAAACGAAGAAGAGAAAAACCCGAAAUUUUUAUCUUUCAUUUACGUAGUACAUAAGUUGCUAACUAACAAUGUUUUUGGUCGCAUUGUCGCGUACACUUAGUAAAUCUCGCCCCUCUUUCGUCAGCUUGGACAAAGAGGACAAGGGCUGUUUUGUUUAUAAGAUUCAGUUCACUGGGAAAGACUUUCCAAAAGAUGGUUCAGUUAUGCAGAAGAAAGUUUCGAGAUGGGAGCCAUCCACUGAGACAAUGUACAUGAGUGGUGAAGAACUGAAGGGUUAUGUUGCCCACGCCAUGUUGCUUAAAGGUGGUAGCCAUUACCAAUGUAACUUCAAUAGCACUUACAAGUAAGUGUUUACGUUUUUAAGUGUUUUGGUAAUCUAACGUAAGCAAUAAAAAACGUUUUUGCUGCUUGCAUAGCCUGGUAUACUUCUUGUUUUGCAAAAAAAAAAAACAAACAAAAAUCAAAACAAAACAAAAAAGAUGUUAUCAAAAUACGAAUUUUGCUUGUUUAAAAUGUUCAGCGGCACCCAAAGACUGAUUGUUUCCUCUGAUACGUCAGGAAGUGUCUAAAAUGCUUUUCUUGAGGCUUCAGAAGCCUGUUUGGUUAAUUUGGAGCUGCCGUAUAACUGUUAAUCUAGUGUUCAGAUGUCUUAGGGGAACGUUUGGUUCAUUUCGAAAGUUUUUCUUGGUGGCUUUUUCAUCUCACCCCGAACAGCUAGCUACACUGUAUGGCCAUGAUGGGUCCGGUCGAAAUUUCGAGGAUAUGGAGUAGCCUUAUAGUAGAUAAUUCUAGGUGACGUUCAUACAGAAAAUUUUAAAGAGGCCUUUUUAGACAGUAAUCGCAAUAUCUUGGUAAUAAAAGAUGAAAUUCUUAGGAGAGUUGGUAAUCAAACAUUUUUCAAUAUUUUAGAUGAAUGACACGAUUAUCCCGAAAUUUGUAGCCGUAAUAUUCGAGGUUUAGAAUUUUCUACGGAAUAUUUUCUCCUUGAAGUAGAUAUCUUGCAGAAAAAGGCAGUUCUUUGGAAUUGGGCGCCCUUCUAAAGACGCCACCAUAAACAGAAAAAAGUUGAUGCAGCAUGUUUAAAAAGAUCGUCCUUAAGCAGUUGAGGAAAGUGAUAAAUAAGACAGUUAAAUCUCUCCAAUUACAGUGGAACCUUGAAAUAUUGAAGGGCCAAGGGACUGGCAAAACAUGUUCGCUAUAACGAGGUUUUGUUACUCGGUCGAGGUCCUUUUUGACGUAUUUCAUUCACUAUUACUGGGAUAAAGAAAAUCUUUCGUUAUACGGAGGACCUCAUUAUAUUGGGAUUCGUUAAAUGGAGGUUCCACUGUAGCACGUGCUUGAGGGAUAAUCGCGCGAGCAGCAAAAUCUUGACAUUUUAUUUCAACUGUGAUUAUAUUCCCUCAAUGCCAAGAAGCCUGCAGCCAAUCAGAGCGCGCAUUUCAUCUUAGGGCGCUUACCAUUUUUUAGAAUUGGCUAGCCAGACCAAUGCAUUCGUCAGAAGAAUUACACUAUUAAUCACGGCUAUCCAGCCAGAUAAGUUUAUUCCUAAAUGACAUGCUCGGAUGUGAUGGGCCUUAGUAAAAACUGAUUUCGAGGAAAGACUAAAUAAUAUUUCAUUUCCAAAUUAUUUUGGUCCUGACUUUUGCAAAGCGCCCUUAUUUAGUUAUUCUGUAAUAAGGUUUAAGCAACAAAAUUCUAUCAAGACAUCGGAAGCUGUUAACUUGGUAAUUGUAAUAUUCGGCUAAGAUACGUGCUCGCGCAACCUGAUGAAGUACUGUUUUGUGCUGAUCUCAGCUCUUUUCUUUUUUGCAGAGCUAAGAACCCUGCAGGUAUGCAGUUGCCGCCAUUUCACUUUAUAGACCACCGCAUUGAGAUUUUGCAGCAAAAAGAUGAUUUCAACCAGGUGGUGCUGUAUGAGCAGGCUUCUGCUCGGGAUUCUCCGUUUAAAGCUGUUGCCGCCAAAUAA